AUGUCAUUAACGCUCAACCAUACUCAGCUCCAGCUGUCAUCGCCUACCGUGCUCCCUGCCCCUUUGGCUCAGCUUGUCACGACGCUGACGACACACCUUUCACUCGGAAUUACGGCGACUGCAAUCCUCACUGAAGCUCUGCUGGAAUGGUGGAGGAAUGGAAUUUUAAUCGCUUUGGAAGGCAUUCGGCUUUUUGGCGAGGGCGUAAUGUUGGUUUCCAUACAGGAUAUGAGACAAAUACGAGGAAAGGAAACGGACGGGGAACGAUGGGGCCGAGCGGGGAUUCACUUUAUUCACACCACGCUUUCCUUGGUCGAACUAUUUAACCUUACUUCAGUACAUGUCGUCCAGUCUUGCGUAUCCGCGAGCCUAAACCUAGCGGCACUCUCUGCCCAGAACCUCGAACUCAUCUUCGGUAAUAGUGAUGCCAGCAGGGCUAUCGCAGCUAUCGUCAUGGUAUGCCGGAGGGAGUUUAGUCAUCCUGGUUUCGGAUACGACAAGGACGUGUCUUCCAUCAGUACGAUGCGCAAGUUGGUGAGUGGUAUAACUUGGUUUGCGGUCUUGCAGAAUAAGGUAGGCGUGAGAGGCGCGAGGACAGGGCGUGGUGAAGUCAUCGUGAGUGUGCAGGUGCCCGCUCGGAAAACAACCACGAUUGCCGGGUUGAUUGGAGAUGUACCCAAAUUGAAUGGCAACGACUUUGACGGUGGGACAUUGAGUAGGUGCACGACCUACACGGAGGAUACUAUGUCUGAUAGUGCCGUCGAUUGCGCAUCGACUAGCGAGAUGAUGGGAGAGCCUGACUACUACACAACGGCGCCUCCAUCGCCAGGGCUGACGUUCAACCAACCGUCCAAAUAUCAAUCGCUGGCUUCUCAGUUGGCGGUAUCCACACCCGAACGUAUGGAUCGCCUUGAUAUCCGACUCGUCGCUCGCUAUAUGCGCCAUUCCUCAGCAGCAUAUGGUUCGGCAUUCCUCCGUAUUCUUGGUCUGAGCACCCCAACUGCUUACGCUAAAUCCCCGACCGCUGUCGAGGCCUACUCAAUCCACGCAAGAAUCCCUCCACAAGCCGUUAUUGAGUCGUCAUACACACCUGGCGGUGCGGGCGAAGGCAUUGUUUGGUUCAUCAGUGCAGAUGAGUCUGCGAGGAAUGUCGUUCUUACGUGUCGAGGGACUCUUGGUCUGGGAGACUUGAUUGCCGAUCUCACGGCUGACUAUCUGCCGUAUGAGACGCCGGGCGGGAAAGGUUGGGCGCACAAGGGGAUGGUACACGCGGCGGAAAGAUUGAGCACUGGUGUUUUGAGAUCGCUGAGCGAAGCUCUGAAAGCGAGGCCUGGCUACGGGCUUGUUUUGUGUGGACACAGUCUUGGCGGAGGAGUAUCAGCAUUACUAGGAUUGAAGUGGGCGAUACCAAACGCAGAAGGAGAAUGGAUCAUCAACCCGGGUGGACCUCUACCUAUGGGAAGGCGAGUAUCCGUGUAUGCAUACGGGCCACCGGCAGCUGUCUGUCCAAAGCUUGCCCGAUAUGCGAAAGGCUUGGUGACGAGUGUCGUGAAUGACACUGAUGUGGUACCGUACCUGAGCUGGGGUAUGAUUCGGGACGCCAAGAACGUCGCACUGGAGCUUGGUGAAGCGCCUGAAGUGGUAGAUGAGAUCCGAAGACGGGCGCUCCGUUCCUCACAGUACACGACGGGGCUAUCCUCGUCGAAACUCCUGGAGAUGGAUAGUGCGUGUGACGACGAGGAUUGGUUCUUGUCUGUGAUCAAGACACUGAGAGCAGUGAUGACUUCUGACAAGCUCGUCCCGCCAGGCGACGUACUGCAAAUGCAGUCAGAACGCAGGUUGGACGGAGAGACCUACGUCGUCGCACGGCAGCUCAGGGACGUCGAGGAUUGUUUUGGUGAGGUCAAGUUCACCAAAGCGAUGUUCAUCAGUCACAGCCCGAAGGAGUACGAAAAGAUGCUGCGUAUUUUGGAAAGAGCAUCGACGGGAACAGAACGAAACGAAUGA